CUCCCAAACCAAAGCAUCCUCCUCUCCUCUCUCUCUCUCUCUCUCUCCCUCUCUCUCUCUCUCUCUCUCUCUCUCUUUCCAAACAGAGAAGAAGAAAGAAGAAGGAAGUUUCAUGGAGAUGCAGCCGAGCACACAAGAAGUAGGCAAGAAGCUAUGGCAUAUAGUACGUGUAGUCUUCUUCAUGAUAAGAAAAGGAAUAUCAAAGAGCAGAUUAAUGGUGGAUCUACAUUUGAUGUUCAAACGGGGAAAUAAGCUUGCAGGAAAGGCCAUCGGCAAUCUCAUGUACCACCACCAUAACUCCUCCUUCAGUUGCCGUUCCAAUGAUUCCCUUUCCUUCAUCUCCCCACGAGAAUACGAGUUCAGCUGCAGCAACAGCCCAGCUACUUUUAACCCUUUUCAUGCCCACAAGCGCAAGCAUCAUCACUUUCAUUUAGCCAAAUCUUACAAAUACGAAGACGUCACCACCGUAGCUGCCGUGCAGAAGAUGCUUGAGAUGUUAAAUAAUGAAGUGGUGGAGGCUUCACCGAUGGUGUUGCCAGGGUUUGGAAAGAGCCCAAUGGUGAGACAACUAAGAAUAACUGACUCGCCAUUUCCGUUAAAGGAUGAGGGAGACAGUCAGGUGGACAAGGCAGCUGAGGAAUUCAUUAAGAAGUUCUAUAAGGACUUGAAGUUGCAAAAAAAUAGUGCUGCUUUUGAGUCACCUUAUCAUGGCAUGUGGGGUAGAUGAUAAUGAAGAUGUUAUUUUUGCUGCCCUUUUCAAAUUUCUGGCUAAGAUUGCUUGCUCUCCGGCGCCCGGGAAAAAAAAAAUUCAUGCAUGCUCUAAGGCAAGUUGGGACACCUUCACCUAUGAUCAAGAUUUAUCUGAAGCUAUUUGUCAAGAUAUUUGAUGAAAUCGUGCGACAUUUUUUUGUAUGCAAAUAGCUUAUCCGCUGGCUAAAACACUUGAGAGGAUUAGGUGAAAUUGUGCUGCUUGUACUCUCUGGUCGAUGAGAUCAGCUAUUUUCCGGCAUUUAGUUGUGAUAAUCACUUUUCUUUACCA